GUUAUUUUUGCAAAAAUAAAUAUAACCUUUGAACCGCAAUUUUGUAUUAUUUUGUAUAAAUAAAAAAAACAAUUAUUCACAAAUUUCUUAUAAAAGAAUAUGUUAUUAUCACCGGCAAUACAUUUUUAUAAAUUAAAAUUGUUAUUGUUAUAUUUUUAUUCUUUAUAAAUGGAUAAUUUAACCAAACAAAUAGAGGAAAUUGAGGCUCUUUCCGCAAUUUAUGAUAAAGAUUGGCAAACAGAAGAUGAGGAAAGUAGAGAAUUUAGUAUUAAGAUUAAGGAUAAUGAAAAUUAUGUAAAUUUGUAUUUUAAGCUACCUAAUGAUUAUCCUUCGUCAUCGCCUCCUUCUUAUGAAAUAUCUGCACCACAUCUUAAUAAUUCACAAAAACUUAAUUUAAAGAAUCUUUUAGAUGAAACAUAUCUCUCCAAUAUUGGCCAAAGUAUAAUAUUUCAAUGGAUAGAAGUUGUACGAGAAGAAAUUCAAUUAAACAACAGCAAUAAUGAUGAGAAAAUUGAAAUGUCGUUAGAUAAUGAAAACCCAAAUAUUGAAAAUAUAAUAGAGAAUCAGGAAAAAUCGAAAAUUAAUUCAACUGAUAAUGAAUGUCAACCAAUCACUCAUGGAGAAGUAAUUUUUGAUAGAAAAAGUUCAUUUCAAGGACAUGUAGCAACAGUUAUAACAAUCAAUCAAGUUCAUCAAGUCCUGGAUAAACUUAAAGAAAAUCGAAAAAUCGCUAAUGCAACGCACAAUAUUUAUGCGUAUAGAAUAUGCCAAGAAAAUACAUUUAUUCAAGAUUGCGAAGAUGAUGGUGAAGCACAGGCUGGUGGAAGGCUUCUUCAUCUUCUCCAGAUUCUUGAUGUAAAAAACGUGAUUGUUGUCGUAUCACGUUGGUAUGGUGGUGUACAUUUGGGUCCAGAUCGUUUUCGACAUAUUAACAAUGCCGCACGUCAAGUUCUUGAAGUUGCGAGUUUUAUUCCCGAUAAUAAAUUGCAUAAAAAGUAAUUUAUCAAUUUUGGGGGAAUGUAAACAAUUUUGCAAUAAGAUAUUUUUUUCCAAUGUAUAUUUCCAAACUGUCUAUAAUUCCAUCAUAAUAUGCUCACAAAAAAUUUCUACAUACCUACUUUUUGAAAUUCACCAUAACUUUCUGCUAUCUACAUGAAUAAUUUGUACAAAUGUAUAAAAUUUUAAUUGAUGUACAUAGUUGAAAUAUUUUUAUUAUAAAGUGUGUAUUAUAAAAUGUAUAAUUAAUUAAACAAAAAUAUAUAAUUUGUCAAGAAAAUUA